UCAACCUACUGAGCCUGUACUCUUCAUUCUGCUCGACCAACCCAAUCGAAACCAUCGUCACCACUCUCAUCAUCAUCACCCUAGCCUACUUCCAACUACUCCAAGCGAUCAAACACUCGGAAUUCUUGGAUAUCUCUCAUCGAUCUUCAUUCACCUACCCAUUCCAACCCACUCACUCGAUCAACGUAAUCCACAACAUCAACAACAACAACAACUGGCAACCCACCACCGCAACAACUCCCUCCAUCAGACUACUCAACCUCAACCUAGCCUUCUCCCCCUCCAGCCUAUCCUACCAUCCAUCACUCUCAUCGGAGAUCCUAAACCAGGCUGGAAACCAUCUGAUCCAACUACUCUCAACUACUACUACCAUCCAAUCAAUCGAACAGCAACAAGAACAACAACCCAUCUCAUACUCCAACCUAUGCUUCAAAUCCAACUCCACUCAGGGGGACCAUCAGCAGGAACUACCAUCCAACCUCCGAUCAUGCUUCAUCCAAAUCGACUCAACCUCAAUCAAUCUCCAUCAACCCACCCUCGCACUCAUCCUAGCCUUCCCCAUCAACCCCACCAUCCCUCAAUCCACACACCAACGAUGGCUCGACAACUUCCUCAGCAGUCUACCCCCCAACAUCCGUCUCCUCUCUCCCGGCCCCACCGCUGCUGCUAGGGAGGCCCACGAACGUCUAGGAGAGAUGAGGUCGAUCCGCUGGAUUGCCUAUGCUGCUCGCGCAUUCGUCAUCCGCUUCUGGCAACUCAUCUCCAAGGCCGAUUCUGCUGAUAUAUUCAUCAUGCUCAUCGCCUACAUGCUCAUGCAUCUUACCUUCUACAACCUAUUCAGAAACAUGGGCAAGUUGGGCUCAAAAUUCUGGCUAGGUGCUCUGACUGUCCUCUCAGCAAUCUUUGCCUUCAUACUCGCCCUGAUCACCGCCCACGUCCUAGGGAUCCGAAUUAACCCGAUCCUGUUAUCGGAAGCCUUACCAUUCCUGGUAAUCACAGUCGGAUUUGACAAGCCAUACGUACUAGCCCAUGCGAUCCUCAGCCGAUCCAACUGGCCACCCUCUCUCCGACAACGUGAACCGGUACCACCAGCAAGAGAUAUCGUCGUCGAGAGUAUCUCGAGGGUCGGCGUUCGGAUCGUCAGAGAUUACGCAAUCGAAAUCACCGUCCUCGGUCUCGGCGCCAUCAGCGGUAUCAACGGUCUCACUGAAUUCUGUCAGCUGGCUGGCCUCAGUCUUCUCUAUGAUUGUUUACUGUCCUUCGGAUUUUAUAUUUCCAUCUUGACAGUCUUUGUCGAGAUUCAUCGGAUUCAAGUCGUACGGGAACUUGCCAAAAACGAUUCGACCACCGAGCUCUCCAAGCUCUUGGAUGAUGGAGUCGAACCAUCAGUCGAGGUGGUCAAAGAACAGAUGGCCGAACAAGAAUCGAUCAGAGCCAAGCUAAUCAAGACCUUCAUGAGCGAUUCUACCACUCAACAGUCUGCCGAGAAGAUCAUCAUCGGAAGUAGCCGAGUCAAGCUGGCCCUGCUCAGCAUGUUUGUUGGCCUGCACACCCUCAACCUUUGUACCACUCUCACCCUUCGCACCGCCAUCACCCGUCACUCUUCACAUCCGCCCACCUUCUCACUCAACCAUCCCGGCAAUCUAUCCCAAGGAACCAAGGCCACCAAGCUUGUUGCUACUAACCCAGUCAACUCGGACCUCCAGCCGGAUUUGGCCAGCUUGGUGAUGGAUCAGAUCAAAAUCGAUCCGAGUGCGCCGAUCUAUGCGCGCGCACUCGAUAAACUAUCCAAGGAAAUCUCUCAGAAUGACAGUCAAUCGAAGUGGAUCGCCCAGCUCAGUCAGCCGAUCGAGAUGCGAGUCGCACGGAACUCGAGGUUCAGACAAGGAUCAUCACAGCCUGGGAAAUCAUCCCUGGUCUUCCUAGACGAACUGAUGUCUUCCUGGACCGAGUUCGUCGGCGAUCCGGUGAUGUCCAAGUGGAUCGUCAUCGUCCUUGCUCUCAGCGUCCUCCUUAACGCAUACCUCCUCAAGGGGAUUGCCAUCAGCACCGUCGAUCAGACUCGGAGGUUCAAUCACCGUCUCUCCAUCGAGCGGGCCCGUUUGAAAUCUGCAACCAGCGACGAGGAAGAGUCUAGCGAGAACGCCAGCGAGACCGACGCACUCAGUCCGGCCGAACGUGCCGCCCGGAUCAUGCUCGCUUCGACCAAUGCCGGCUCGCUCGCCGUCGAGGACGGCUCUCAGCACAGGGCCCGAAAGAACCCACCCCAGCACCAACGUAGAUGGAGCAGUGGGCUCAUGUUUACCGACCGAAAACAGAAGCCAGAUCUGAUUGUACCAGACCGUGGAGAACUGAUCAGUGACUCGUCCCUACCAAAGUUAGAGGUCUCCUCGGAAGGGGAAGUGCUCAGUAUUCGAGAGGCUCGAGGAACGAAGAGCAAGGCCGACCAUCACAACAAGCCCACCUGUCAGAGCUCGGUCACCCCGACCCUCAAGGGCUUUGGGGCGGCAGACGACAAGCCGUUGAUCUCGUUGCGGCUGAUCGACGAGUUUGGUCGACCGAAGACGGACGAGACGGAGAGCUCGCUCACCGACGGCUCUCGUAGCGAACCUGUCAGCGGCUCGACCACCGCCACUAAUACAGAAUCUAACGUCUGCGAUAGCCCUCUGCUGAUCGAGGAACCCGAAGAUAAAAUUCAGGAACCUCUCCCCACUCGCUCGCUCGAUGAAAUCCUUGAUAUCUUUAACGAUACCCUGCGUCGCGGCCCUUCUAAACUCUCUGAUGAGGAAAUCAUUCUGCUCGUUCAACAGGGUAAAGUCGCUGCUUAUGCAUUGGAAAAAUUACUUAAAGAUUUCUCUCGUGCGGUACGAAUCAGACGAGCGUUGAUCUCACGAGCAUCGUUGACGAAGACGUUAGAGACGAGUGGCUUACCGUAUUUACAUUACGACUACUCCUUAGUGAUGGGACAAUGCUGUGAGAAUGUGGUCGGCUACAUGCCGAUUCCUGUAGGGAUAGCUGGUCCAUUACGGAUCGAUGGGACCGCGUUUCCGUUGCCGAUGGCGACGACGGAGGGGGCAUUAGUAGCGUCGACCUCGCGAGGAUGCAAAGCGUUGAAUGCGGGCGGAGGGGUGACAACGGUGGUGACGGCGGAUGCGAUGACGCGGGGCCCGGCGCUGGAGUUCCCGGACCUAACCAUGGCCGCACAGGCGAAGGCGUGGGUCGAAUCAGAGGAAGGAAGAGUGGCACUGAAAACCGCCUUCGAUUCUACCUCCCGAUUCGCCCGCUUAAUCUCGCUCAAAACCGCGCUUGCGGGCCGGACACUUUACGUCCGCUUCGGCACUCGCACCGGGGACGCUAUGGGCAUGAACAUGAUCUCUAAAGGCACCGAAGCGGCGCUCAGACUCAUGAAAUCUGAGGCCUAUUUCCCUCAGAUGAAGGUCGUUAGUCUCUCCGGUAACUAUUGCAUCGACAAGAAACCCUCGGCUAUCAAUUGGAUCGAAGGCAGAGGCAAAUCCAUCGUCGCUGAGGCCGUCGUCCCCGGACAAAUCAUCCAGAAAAUCCUCAAGACUUCCGUCAAGGAUAUCGUUAAAUUGAAUAUCACUAAGAACUUGGUCGGCAGUUGUUUGGCUGGUUCGAUCGGUGGUAAUAAUGCUCAUGCUAGUAAUAUCUUGACCGCUAUUUAUUUGGCAACUGGACAAGACCCUGCCCAGAAUGUAGAAAGUUCGAAUUGUAUGACCCUAAUGGAAGCGGUGAAUGAUGAGCAAGACUUGUUAAUCACAUGUACGAUGCCGUCGAUCGAAGUGGGGACGAUAGGCGGGGGGACGAUCCUAGGUCCGCAAGCGGCGAUGCUCGAGAUGCUCGGGAUCCGCGGGCCGCAUCCGACUGCCCCGGGCGACAAUGCCCGCCAGUUGGCACGGAUCAUCUGUGCGGCGGUGAUGGCGGGAGAGUUGAGCUUGAUGAGCGCGCUUGCUGCUGGUCAUUUGGUGGAGAGUCAUAUGACUCAUAAUCGCUCGGUCCCCCCGACCCCUCAGAUCCAGCAAAGUCCAUCAACCAGCAGAUCCGCUUCUCGCAUCGGCUUCACUCCUACCACCACCACUACUGCUCUCACCGCGACCCCUCACUCCACUCACAAUAGCAGCAACCUCUCGUCUUCUAUGUCUACUACUGUUAUCUCGAGUUCUAUGAGCAGUGCAAAUCCUUCUCUGUUGGGCUUGGCUUCUUCUAAACGCGAUCAGAACCUGCUCGCGGUCAAUGAAUGAACACUUCAUCCUGAUCUUGCUCUCGUCUUCAAAAAAAUAAAUUUAAAAUCUUCCUUGCUUCUUUCUCUCUCUCUCUCUCUCUCUCUCUUUUUUUUUUUUUUUUUUCUCUGGGGCUGGGGCUUUUGUUGCAAUCCGUCCGGGCGUGGGGCUUGAAUAACUUUUUUCUUCUUCUUCUUCUUCUUCUUUUUGGUGGCUUUUAUGAUCCCAUUCGUGAUCCUGGUCUCUUGUCUUUCUUGUUCCCCCCUCCCUCCCUUUCUCUUUCUUUCUUUCUUUCUACACACACUUAAAGUUUCCCCCUUUUUUUUAUUCUUUUUUUAUCUACCAAAAAAAAAAAAUGACUUUUGAAAAAAAAAGAUAAUCUAUGGUUUUAUCAACCCUGAAUAUUUCAUAAUUAUUACUGAGUCAGAUCUUUCAUCUCUCUAUUUCUUUUUUUUGGGUUGGGUUGGGUUAUGAUUUGACAUAACAAAAAUGAUGAUGAUGAUGAUGAUUAUAUAGUAUAUACUUGAUCAAGCCCUUGUCUGAUCACCAUUGUUCUUAUGUUGUUGGCCCCUCCUUUCAUAAUGACUUUCACUCUCUCUCUUUCUGUUCUUACGUACAACAAAACAUGAUGUGUGUUGCUCAUAUAGAUAGAUAGAUUCAUACAUACAUAAUCAGUAAUCAUAGGUUUCUAUGUCUUUUUGCGGAAGCAGAGGGACGUUGGUGAGGGGGGUUGUGAGACUAUAAGGGUUGGGUGUGUCUUUGUGUGUGUAGUGCAGGUGUCUGCUAGUGUCUGCUUGUUUGGAAACUUGUGUGCUUGUAUGUGGGUAUGUAUCUAGUGAUCCAAUGAUGGGUCCACUUGGAGGUACACCCUGACACGUGUGAUAGCACUCACUACACCAUCAUUCUG